ACGUCUCAGCAAAUGAGCAUGGAGAUCGUGAUGCGGUGACUCGGCCUUUUCUUGAUGCUUCCCGCCCUGCCCCCCGUCACACGCCAGGCGCGAUCUUUCCAGGCUAGUUGGCAGCGGCUUCCCUUCCCCACCUCAGACUCCCCUCAGGCUCCCCUCGGUGGCCGCCAUCUUUGCUGUCGUCGCCACAGCCCGAGAACCGGUCCGGUUGAGGUCGUGCCUGGUGCCAUGUCCGCCGCAGGGGACAGAGAACUGCACUCAGGUGGACGGGACCACCCUGUGGGACCGGAGGGAACUUGGGCCAUAUCGGUGGGCGCUGGUGACUGGGUGGUCAGAGACUCCGGGGCCCACGAGAGCGACUUGGUGUCAGCAGCCCGGGAGGCCGGAGUCAGUGGGGAGGCCGCGGUCAGUAGGGAGGCCGCGGUCGGUGAGGAGGCCGCGGUCAGUGAGGAGGCCACGGUCAGUGAGGAGGCCGCGGUCGGUGGGACGGCCGUGAUCCGUGAGGAGGCCGCGGUCAUCGGUGAGGAGGCCGCGGUCGGUGGGGAGGCCCUGGUCGGUGGGCAGGCCGCGGUCGGUGAGGAGCCCGCGGUCAGUGGGGCGGCCGCGGUCGGUGGGGAGGCCGCGCUUCGGGGUGACCGGGGCCCCGGGAAGAUUCGCCGACUGUGGGGUGGCGGGCGGCCCCGGGGAGCCGGGCGUCUGUGUGGCGGCCGCGCGCGGCGGCCCCGAGGUGGCGGGCGGGAGCGCGGGGUCCGACGCCGCCGGCGCGGCGGGCGGUCUCGGGGAUCUCGCUGA